UGUGAUUUUUACAUGAAGUACUUUUUGUGGAUCCUGUAUUUUUUUAAUGUACGAAUAAAGUUUGGAGUUUUUUUACUACGAAGUCUGGAUAUCUUUGAUGGUUGAGUGCGAAGAUAAUCUGUAUUUCACUUAUUGAAUUUACCGCCGAGACGGAGGCGGUUCUCCUGCACCGUUCACAUGACCAGCCCCUUUUACAAGUGUCGACGCUGAAGAAAUGCCAUAGGUGAGAGCCUGAGUGCUGAAAGUUUGAAACUAUUCUGUUAUACAUAUUUAGACAUGUAAAUAUCUGACACCUCAUCUUUGAGCCCUUAUAACUUUUUUGUAUUUUUUGAUGUGUUUUGUUUCGCAAAAUAGUUAACCAGAGCUCUGAGGACGCACUAUCCAGAUGAGCGUUUACUAACAUAACUGUUAGCGCGCCACUCUUAAUCUGGCCCUUUUAUUAAGAAUUACAUUUUAUAUGUAAUGUCUCUUUAAAGCAUUAAUCAAUAGUUCCUUUUGUAGCACAGAACUGCCACUUACAAAUAUAAAACCUAUUGUUUCACAGAAGUCCAGUGUGUUGGUAUAUAAGUACGGUCACCAGAUUCAUUUUGUAACUUGUGGGUUGUGUACAGUAAGCAAAUGUAACUAUUAUAUGUGGUACUGCACAGGGGACGAAGGCAGUGGAAUGUCAGCUAUUUAGUUGUGGGAAGCUCCAGAUAAAGCGAAUGUUAAACCUCCAAAGAGAAUCGGUACAAGAACGCCAGUUCUGAGGGACAUCUUCAUUACAGGUUGCGGCAGUUUAGAUGACGACAAACAGAACAAGUAAGUUCCAGUGAGCAUGGCCUUCAAGGAUCUAACAUCGAGAGCAGUACUUCUUUAUGAUGAAUGGAUUAAAGAUGCCGAUCCAAGGGUGGAAGACUGGCUCCUCAUGUCCUCUCCUAUCCCACAAACUAUCAUCAUUGCUGCUUACAUUUAUUUUGUCUCCUCCCUUGGUCCCAAGAUGAUGGAGAAUAGGAAACCGUUUGACCUGAAGCACAUAAUGGCACUUUAUAAUUUAUUUAUGGUUAUCUUCUCCUUAUAUAUGUGUUAUGAAUUCCUUAUGUCAGGCUGGGCUACAGGAUAUUCAUUCCAAUGUGACAUUGUUGAUUACUCUCGGUCACCUGAUGCAUUAAGAAUGGCUUGGACUUGCUGGCUGUUUUAUUUUUCGAAGUUUAUUGAAUUAUUAGACACUAUCUUUUUUGUAUUGCGUAAGAAGAAUAGUCAGGUUACGUUCUUGCAUGUAUUUCAUCACUCUAUCAUGCCAUGGACGUGGUGGUUUGGCGUCAAGUUUGCUGCAGGUGGUUUGGGCACAUUCCAUGCAUUAGUGAACUGUGUUGUACAUGUUAUCAUGUACACCUAUUAUGGGAUGUCAGCACUGGGACCUAAAUAUCAAAAGUAUCUGUGGUGGAAAAAAUACAUGACCUCCAUACAACUAGUACAGUUCUUGAUGGUAACAUUUCAUAUUGGUCAGUUUUUCAUUUUGAAAGAUUGCCCAUACCAGUUUCCAGUCUUCCUCUACAUCAUUUUGUCAUAUGGAUUAAUUUUCUUAUUUUUGUUCCUCAACUUUUGGUUUCAUGCUUACACCAAAGGACAAAGAUUACCAAAAAACUUUCAAAAUGGAGAUGUUAAGAACAAGAUCCAUUGACCACACCAUUAAACUAAUCAAAAUCUAGAAGUACUAAACAAGAGUAACUUAGAUUACUUGUUGGGUAGCAAUAAGCUGUAAAUUCUGAACUUGUAUUUUUACCGUAAGUUAUUUGGACAUUGAUAUAUAUUUUCAACAAAUGUACAUAUAUUUUUACUAAAAACACACAAGCUGAACAAUUCACGUUAAAAACAUGGAUGUGUAUGAAAAGUUCUUUAACUUUGAUCAACAUUAGCAUAUUGCGCGACUGUAUGUGUGAUUGAACUACUGAGGUAUAGUGAGUGAAUAGUUGUGAUAACUAAUAAUGUCUCUUGCUUUUGUAAUGAUAUCCACAUUGUCAUGGAAACUACAAUGAAUACAAGUCUGCAUUAAAUGUCUGAUUUUGUACAAAUUGUGCCAAAUAAAAAAAAAACCAUUAGGAGCCUAUAA